CCCCCCAAAGUUUUGUUUGCGACAGCUGUUCUCGGGCAGUUCUCCGAAGUCCUUCGCAGGACGGGACAUUCGAGGUGGCGAAGCUAGCGCGGCCACUUUUGUGCGUGCCAUGAGAGGAGGAAAUUGGCGCCUAUGACAUUCGACGAGAUUCGCUCCACGAAGAGCGACGGAUUGCGAGGAGUCGCUGACAACGUUCGUAAUCAGCUGCGGCAGCUAACUCGGUCAACACUUGACGCCUGGAGACCUUCGCCUCUCGUCAACAGCGACAGGUUUCAGGGCCAUCGAGGUCGGCACAGCACUCUUAUGACAGCUAUGAAAAUCCUGGCGGUCCUCCUCCUGGCCACUUGCGCCGUUGCCGGUGUGGCAGCCCUUGCAACUCGCCACCGCGUGAAGCAUGAAAUUGCCUCACUCUGCGACAACAACAUCGACCAGCACGCUCGACUCGACCGGCUUGUGGAGCGGAUUCGUAACCGGCUGCGCGAUGACGAGCCGUUCCCGUUGCCCACUGACAUCGCUCCUCUUCGACUGUACGAUGGCGUGCUGUGGGGCCUCAGCAACUUCGAAAUGCGCCAUCCACCCCAGUUGGUUUGCGGAAAUGGCUAUGCCAACCUCAGCAUGCUGAUUGGUUUGGUGCAGCCGCAUGUCCGAUACAGGUGGAACUUCACGCCGAUUCCCGGAGUCACCGGCCAGUUCAUUGCGCAUGCCGAUCGUGCCACCGUGGACGUCUUUCUACAGGCACCCCUUAAUUCUACUAACGCAAAGGCUUCCAUCAAGUCGCUCAAGGUCACUGAACUCAGUCAGAUCUGGGUCAAGGUUCCCAGUGUUCCCGUGGUGAGCUGGGUGGCCUCGCAAAUAGGCAACCUGGGCACAAUGAUCAAUCGCAAGAAUUUGAAAAUGUUCCUUCAGGAAAACCUGCGCACCUCCAUCCAAAAGACCCUGAACAAGGAACCCUUGUAAGUGCUGUAGGGAACAGGGCGACGGGCAGACUUGGCAGACUUCCUUCGCUCCUGCUCUCAGCCGACAACAUUCAUCUUGUUUGUACAAGUGACUAGCUGUAAUAUGGUGGUCCGCCUGGGUAAUCCAAUGCAUUGUGGAAUCAAAUUGUGUAUGUUCAGUUUCACUCUCUUGUGUCGAUUUUUUUUACCCUUCAACUUGCAGCUAGUUUCUAUGCUAGCUGUCAUAGCCAUUCGUUUUCAUUUUGAAGUCUGCGCUUAUUUGUAGGGAUACCAGUGUUAAACUGGGUCUUUUGUUAUGCAUGGCAUUUUUAUGAUGUCUUCACACAAGGCAUUUGUAGUUGGCAGCUCAAUCUUAGAUUAUCAUUUGACAUUUUUCAUUUCUGUGAGUCUUCAGUCAACCAGUUGGCUUUCUUAGAACAUUUGCCAAAGGGUUUAUGAUUUGACAUAGAGAAAACUCUUCUGGCAAACAUCUGAACAAUUUAGUUUGAGUGCCUGAAACUUUCAGCGCUGUUGCUAAACGAUGCAUGUGAUCAAAUGGUUCACAGAGGAAGCUUGUGUUUGUACUGUGACCAUAAAUUCAAACGUGAAUAACUAAUCCUAAAGCUUAUGUGUGCAAUCACAGGGAAUUGUAACAUGUAACUGCUUUGUAAGCAUUUUUUUUAGAAUGUAGUAGCCUAUUGCUGUAAGCUGGCCGCUGCUUUAUAGUGCUACAGGCCAGCUAUAAUCAAUAGAUACACGACAAUGGAUGCCACAAAGCAUGCAUGCAUUAGAGCAAGCCUUAAUUCCAAUUCAAAAAAGACUCAAGUGCACAUUUCAUAGCGUGAAUUAAGCCACUCCUACAAAUGUAGGUGGGCGUCUCUCAUAAUCAUAUCUUGGUUUUGGGACGUUAAACCCCAGAUAUUAUUAUUAUUACAAAUGUAGGUGAACCUGGAAAUGAAACACUGCAUCUGAGUAGUUCUACAAUUGCCCACAUACGCAUGUAUUCUGUUAGUAUUGUCAGACACAAAAAUAUCAUCGUUAUAUCCGAAACUUUGUGAUAAACAUAUUCAUAACUCUGUAUUAACGGCAAGCUUAUUCAUCAAUUGCUUUGUUAUAUUUGUAUUCGCUAUACCGGAGGUCUGACUGUACAUUCUUUUUUUUUUUUUUUUUUCAUGUUGCCUCUGCUCUAUGAUAGCAUUUGUAAAGUUCGAGAACAAAGCAAAUUGAGCUAACUACUAAGUGGUUAGAAAGCAGUUGGAACGUUAGGCUUACUUUCUGCAACGGUAUUGCCGAAGAAAUUUUUUAUUAGUUGUCCCCUACUGAUGUGCUUACGUGUAAUGCAUGAAAUUUUAGUGUCGCAUGAAGUCUGUGAAUUUUGCUAUGUCAUGAUGUCAUAACAGUGUCAUUGCCAAGCCUGGCAUCUCGAUAGCAACUUUAGUAACAAGUAUAGUAUCAGUAUUUCCAACUUUCAUACUUGUCAGGUAUGAAGUGCCAUGUGUUCAAAGCGGGGGGGUAAUGCUUAUGCAACUUCGAAAACUCCAUUAACAUCGAAGUUCAACAGCAUUAUUAUGUGUCAGUGACCUUUUCAAUAGACAUGUUCACUGAUGAGAGUUUGGGUUGUUUCAAAUGUAACGUGACAUGGUGCAUGCUUUUUGUAGUAGCACAUCCAGAGCCUUGAAACUUACUGAGUGUGCAGUAAGGGCUUCCUCAAGGAGGUAUAUGCGAUGGACAUUACUUUGUAUAGUUACGUGGACAAAGAUAGAUGCUGCGUUUUUCACUUCGGUAUUUGCCACGUUCACGAGUCUUCCACUUUUAACAGGACCACAAUAUACAUACUGGAUCACGUCAGGGUCAUGUAAUGCAGUUGUGGUUGCUGCAUCAAUACUCUUGCCUGUUUCAACAAGGAGACCAAUUAGCAAAUAUUUUGUAUGAACUUUUUGUACUGCUAGUCCUUGUGUACAACUGUAUAAGGUCACACAAUUUUUGCCUGGCUCAACUUCAUUGUAGUUUAUAUAUUAUUUUAUGUUGUAAAAGCUAUGGCCGUGUUCUGAACAAAUAAAGGACUACUGCACGGCAA